GGAGUCGAAGAGCCCUAGCCGCCAUCUUUCCUCUUCAUCUCUUCCGCUUGCCCGACGUCGUCUCUGUCUUCGCCUUCGUCUUCCUCUCAUCUUAAUCUGUCUUUGUCUUUGAAUUCCUCCACCAUUUUCUUUUAAUCUAUUUGCCUUCUUCACCCAGGCGAGUAACAGAAGAUAGUGGAUGGCCGGCGGGGUCCACGCUACCCGAUGUUUCAGCAUAGUAGCCGGAGGAGAAACUCCACUGCCGGGAGGCGCGCCAAGCAGCUUGAUUUAAAAAAAAAAAACACUAAGGAGAUGAAAAGGAAUUUGGGGAUGGAGUGGUCGAAAGAGAUGAAAUGGGAUUUGCAUGGUGAAGUUGUUUUUGGUAGAUGGACAGUGCCAAAAACCUAACUCAAUCCAACCACAACCUUCUGUUCGCAGAGCAGUUCGUUCUUCUUUCUAUUCGGCCGUUUUCGUCUCCGAACGGCCCCAGAAGCUUUAGUUAGCAGUUCUUCUCUUCUCCUCCUCAACCAACCGCAAGGUGUGAGAAAAUUGUAAGUUCAGCCCCCUUUCUUAUGGCUAAGAAAUCUGCAACAUUGUUUUUGCCGCCGACCACCGGCAACUACUGAUUAUUUGAAUCCGAGUAGGUGCUGAGAUAUAAAUAUGCGGAGAGUAGUAUGUUCGAAGAGACUGUACAUUCUCUGCACCAAGUCUCGUAAUAGUUUAUCUGUUGGCAAGCCUGAAAGUUUUGAAAGGGAUUCUUUCUUGUUUCAAUUUCAACGUCACGAGCCAUCACAAUUCUUUCUGUUCUCCACUGAUCCAUCUUUGAAUUCACUGGAAACACCUUCAGAACAAACCCGUUAUUCACAGCCUGGUAAGUCACUUCCAAAAGAUUGUAAACCACAAAAGGGGGCUGACCUCAUACAUAUAAGGAAUGAACCAGAUUUGUUCACGGACAGCCAAACUCAUGAGGAUGAGUUUACAGUUGAUGUUGAGAAGGUGUACAGAAUAUUGAGGAAGUUCCAUUCUGGAGCUCAGAAGUUGGAACUUGCCUUGCAGCAUUCUGGUGUUUCGAUGAGGCCUGGUUUAACAGAGAAGGUGCUUAACCGUUGUGGUGAUGCUGGGAAUCUAGGGUACCGAUUCUUUGUCUGGGCAUCUAAACAGCCUGGUUAUAGGCCUAGUUACGAUGUUUACAAAUCAAUGAUCAAAAUGUUAGGGAAGAUGCGGCAAUUCGGAACUGUUUGGGCUCUUAUUGAGGAGAUGAGGAAAGAAAAUCCUCAACUUUUGUCGCCGGAAGUUUUUAUUGUUCUGAUGAGGAGAUUUGCAUCUGCCAGAAUGGUUAAAAGGGCAAUUGAAGUGCUGGAUGAGAUGCCUAAGUACGGUUGCGAACCUGAUGAGUAUGUUUUUGGAUGCCUCUUGGACGCUUUGUGUAAGAAUGGUAGUGCGAAGGAAGCUGCUUUGCUUUUUGACGACAUGAGCUUUAGAUUCAAGCCAACAAUAAGGCAUUUCACGUCGUUGUUGCAUGGCUGGUGUAAAGAAGGAAAAUUAAUGGAGGCAAAAGUUGUGCUGAUGAAAAUGAAGGAAGCAGGAUUUGCACCUGAUAUUGUGGUUUAUAACAAUCUUCUUAAUGGAUAUUCGGUAGCAGGUAAAAUGGUCGAUGCUUUCCAUCUACUGCAAGAGAUGCAGAGGAAUGGUUGCGAGCCGAAUACAACUUCAUAUACUAUUUUGAUUCAGGCACUUUGCCGUCAAGAAAAAAUGGAUGAGGCUAUGAGAGUGUAUGUCGAUAUGGAGAGCAAUGGGUGCGAAGCUGAUAUUGUUACGUACACAACUUUGAUCAGUGGUUUUUGCAAGUGGGGUAAGAUCGAGAAAGGUUAUGAGCUUUUAGAUGCGAUGAUACGCAAGGGUCAUACUCCGGCCCCAACAGCUUAUCUGUACCUUGUGUUAGCUCAUGAGAAGAAGGAAGAGCUCGAGGAGUGCCUAGAGCUUGUGCAAGACAUGCGGAAGAUUGGAGUGUUUCCUGACUUGACCAUAUACAACACGAUAAUUCGUCUGUCGUGCAAAUUGGGUGAGACUGAAGAAGGUGUUCGAUUAAUUAAUACGCUGGAAGGAAACGGCGUCAGCCCAGGGGUUGACACGUUUGUCAUCUUGAUUAGCGGGCUCGUUGAGCAUGGGCGUUUGGUUGAAGCUUGUGAUUACCAUCGUGAAAUGGUCGGGAGAGGCCUUUUGGCUGCUCCGCAGUAUGGUGUAAUGAAAGAUUUGUAUAAUGCCCUUUUGAGAGCUGAUAAACUUCAGUUGGCUAAAGAUGCCUGGAGUUGUGUAAUCGAUAAAGGAUGCGAACUUAAUGUCUAUGCCUGGACAAUCUGGAUUCAUGCCCUCUUUUCGAAUGGGUAUGUGAAGGAGGCCUGCUCUUACUGUUUGGAUAUGUUGGAUGCCGGGUUGAUGCCUCAGCCCGAUACCUUUGCUAAGCUGAUGAAAGGUCUGAGGAAGCUGUAUAAUAGACAAAUUGCGGCGGAAAUUACGAAGAAAGUAAGGAAAAUGGCUGCGGAGAGACACAUGACAUUCAGGAUGUACAAAAGGCGAGGCGAGAGAGACUUGAAAGAGAAAGCUAAGGCGAAAAAGGACGGUAGGAAGAGGAGGGCUCGUCGGCGUCGAUGGGGGAGUAGAACGAGGAAAGCUGACAACUUCUGAUUUGAAGGCUUUACGCCUUCGCCAUUUGUGGAAUAUUCUUUCCCGACGUAAAUUGUGCCCGAGGACUAGCAGCUGCCAAAACGAAUGCGCUUGUUUCGGAACACGUUGCCCUUCACCUUGAGGUACAAGUCGUGGUGGACAUGGCUGUCGACUUUGCCAGAGUCUCGGUAGCCAUGGAGCAGGCGUCGAAGCACCCUCACCCGCCGCAUCCACAGCAGUUUCGACGGCAGCCUUGCCUCUCGAGUUCCCUUGCGCUUUCCGUAUCCCGAGCGCCUGCCUUUUCUCCUUGCUUCCGCAGCUGCUCGAGCACGUGAUCUCGAUGUGAGCUUCGGAGGUUUCUUUAGAAUCAAACCGUCUUGGAUAAGCCUCCGAACGUUCAAUCCUGCAUAGUUGGGAACAUGUUCUUCAGGUACUGCAUUAGCUCAAUUAGAAGUAUAUGAUGAAAUUGAAGGAGGUUAGGGCAAAAGUAGAGAGACGCGUACUGGAAUUAGCCAUGGAAAUGUGAUCGAUCUCAGUAGGAUCCAACCAGACUUUGGCUUUUCCGCAAUUGAGAAGAUGAGCAGCUAAUCGUUUCUGCAGUUUCAACGACACCAUCUUUCUGUGUUGGUUUCUCUGUGUGAUGGUUGGUGCUUCUUCUUCGUCUCCUUUUUAUUGAGGCACAGGCAGGCAGCCAUGCGAGUAAGAAUUUGCUUGGCGCCCAAGUGUGCAAAUCGCAAUGCGGUUUUUAUUUAUUAUAAACAAGUAGAAAAAAUUAACUACUUCCUUGCAGCCCAAGGCCAUGUAUAAAGGACAACAAAUUUAGUUAAUGAUACUUAGCCAUAGCUUUGAAUGUAAAAAUUAUUUUUCUUAUAA